GAUAUUUUAAGGCGUGUCGAAUCAACACGAAUAUAACACGUGGGUCAACUAUCAGAAUGAAGUCAUCUUUUAUACAAAGUACGGUGAGGGCUCCAAUGUUGUCAGUUUCAGAGCUUCUAGAACUUGAUUAACAGCAAAACGUCGCAUCAUGUUCACAGCUCUGAAAAGUCGUCUGCGUCUGUUUACAAUGACCGCACGUUGCCUUUCGCUACCAUUUCGGCUGUCGCGUGUUAGUGCGUCAGACGGUUCAGGUUCGAACCCAACUCCCGACAGAAUAUGUUCCGAAAAAACUUUCAAUGUGCCGCCCAGCGCCGAGUUUGUUGCGAGGGUUAGCGGGAUCCCCACAAUGGCCAAGCUGCCCUACCAGGACAACGCGGACGGCCUCGAUGCAGCCUUCAUCGGGGUCCCGAUUGAUACUGGAACGUCCAACCGACCUGGAGCAAGGUUUGGCCCAAGGCAAAUCAGAGUGGAAUCGGCCAUGCUGAGGGCCUAUAACAGCGGUACCAGAGCUGCUCCUUUUGAGUCUCUUAUGGUGGCUGACAUUGGGGAUGUCAACGUCAACAUGUAUGACCUGAAGGACACAUGCAGACGCAUCAGGGAGACCUUCAGAAAGGUGUUGGCUUCUGGCUGCAUUCCCCUGACAAUGGGUGGAGAUCACACGAUUGCAUAUCCUAUCCUGCAAGCUGUUGCUGAAAAAUAUGGACCAGUGGGCCUCAUUCAUGUGGAUGCUCACGCUGACACCAAUGAUGUGGUCUUGGGGGAAAAGAUUGGCCAUGGCACUCCGUUCAGACGAUGCGUGGAGGAGGGCCUGCUGGACUGCAAGCGAGUGGUGCAGAUCGGCCUGAGAGGUUCCGGCUACUCUGCCGAUUCGUACGAGUGGAGCCGGGCUCAGGGAUUUCGGGUGGUGCAAGUGGAGGAAUGCUGGUUCAAAUCUCUGGCACCACUCAUGGAUGAAGUCAGGGGUCAAAUGGGCAGUGGCCCUGUAUACCUGAGUUUUGACAUUGAUGCUCUUGACCCAGGCUUUGCCCCUGGAACAGGGACACCCGAGAUUGCUGGGCUCACUCCAAUUCAGGGAGUAGAGAUUAUUCGAGGCUGUCGUGGACUGAACCUUGUGGGAUGCGAUUUGGUGGAGGUAGCUCCGCCCUACGACACAACAGGAAACACUGCCCUGACAGGUGCUAACCUCCUCUUUGAAAUGUUGUGCGUCCUCCCAAAUAUUAAAUACUACUGAUCCUAUACCUUUUUUUUUUCUUUACAAAAAAGUAGUGUGGCUUAUGAUGAAUGUGCAUCUUGAGAAGAAUUUCUAAAAUAAUUUCUUGAACAAGUUUGAAAA